UAGAAAAAUAACACACGCUCAUUUCAUUUCCUUCACUUCACUCAACUCAACUCUUAACAAACUCAAAUGCUCCCGCGCCUUUACUUUAUAUCUGAUUUUCUCCUCUUUGAUCGCCUUUACAUUCUCCAGAUUUUACUUCAUCAACUUUUCUGUGCCAGAUGGAGCAAGAAGGAAAUGGAAAGAACACAGUGGUCACUCAAGUUAGUUUUGGUGGAUUUGACAACGAUGUUAAAGCAAAAGAACUUACAAAUUACUUGCAAUGUUACGUUGGAGAUGUGUGGCGCUGUAGAUUGAAGACUUCUUCAACCCCUCCAGAAUCCUAUCCAAAUUUUGGUAUCAUUAAAACUUCAGAAAUUCAAAGCACUGAUGAUUAUAAGAAGGUAGAGCCACAUGCCUUUGUGCAUUUUGCCUCACCUGAAUCUGCAACCGGGGCAAUGGAUGAGGCAGGCCGUUGUGAGCUCUUUUUCAAGAAUCAAGCACUGAAGGCCAGUUUGGGCCCUGAAAAUCCUUUCCACUUGAAUAUGAGGAGGAGGACUACUAUUCCCUUCAAAUUACCUGAUGUAUGUGUUGAGAUUGGUACAUUAGUUAGCCGAGACGAGUUCUUUGUUGGUUGGAGAGGACCUUCGUCAGGGGUUGAGUUUUUGGUGGAUCCUUUUGAUGGAACAUGCAAAAUGUGUUUUUCAAGAGAUGUUGCUUUCUCUUUCAAAAGCUCUACUCUGCAUGCUGUUAUUAAAUGUGAUUUUAAGGUUGAGUUCUUGGUGAGGGAGAUCAAUGAGAUCAAGCAGUAUUCAGAUUCAUCCUAUCAAGUAAUUCUAUUGCAGCUGGCUUCUUCACCUUGGGUCUGGUACAGAACCGCUGAUGAUGAUAUAGAAGUAACAGUACCAUAUGAUUUGUUGGAUGAUGAUGAUCCUUGGAUCCGAACCACAGAUUUUACACCUAGUGGGGCAAUUGGUCGGUGUAAUUCUUAUCGAAUUUCUGUCCCUCCCCGUCAUGGUGGAAAGCUAAAAAGGGCCAUGAAUUACCUUAGAACACGGAGGGUGCCAGUGGAGUGCCUAAUGCGACCACUUAAGAUUAGAGAUGAACCUGGCUUUGGGACGCUCAUGACAGAUUCAUUUUUUUGUAUUCAUCAUGGGGAUGGCAUAGACUUUGAGGUAAUGUUUUUGGUGAAUGCUGUCAUGCAUAAAGGAAUAUUCAGCCAACACCAGCUAUCAGAUAGCUUCUUUGAUAUACUGAGAAGCCAACCGAAGGAGGUAAAUGUGGCUGCACUGAAGCACAUAUGUUCUUAUAAACGGCCUGUGCUUGAUGCCUAUAAGAGGCUGCAAGUUGUGCAAGAAUGGUUACUCAAGAAUCCUAAGCUUUAUGAGAUUCCUAAGCAGAUGGAUGACAUUGUAGAAAUCAGAAGGUUGGUUAUUACCCCAACCAAAGCGUACUGUCUUCCCCCAGAAGUUGAACUCUCCAAUAGGGUUCUUCGGAAAUAUAAAAAUGUUGCUGAUCGGUUUUUAAGAGUCACCUUUAUGGAUGAAGGCCUGCAAAAAAUGAAUGCAAAUGUUCUUACUUAUUAUGUUGCUCCAAUUGUGAGGGAAAUCACAUCAAACUCCUUCCCGCAGAAGACACGAGUAUUCAAGAGGGUGAGAAGCAUUCUCAUGGAUGGGUUCAAUUUAUGCGGGCGCAAAUAUUCCUUUCUGGCCUUUUCAUCCAAUCAAUUAAGGGAUCGUUCUGCCUGGUUUUUCGCUGAAGAUGGGAAGACAGGUGUGCACAACAUUAAAAGUUGGAUGGGAAAGUUCGUCAACAGGAACAUUGCAAAGUGUGCUGCCAGGAUGGGCCAGUGCUUCUCAUCUACAUAUGCAACAGUUGAAGUACCAUCAAUGGAGGUUAAUCGUAAUCUUCCAGAUGUUGAGAGGAAUGGAUAUAAUUUCUCUGAUGGUAUUGGUAUGAUCACUCCUGAUCUUGCCAUGGAAGUUUCAGAGAAAUUGAAAUUGGACAUGAACCCACCACCCUGUGCUUAUCAGAUCAGAUAUGCUGGUUACAAAGGGGUGGUGGCCUGUUGGCCAGCACAAGGUGAUGGGAUUCGACUGUCUUUGAGGGGAAGUAUGAACAAAUUCCAGUCCAACCAUACUACCUUGGAAAUAUGCUCAUGGACUAGGUUUCAGCCUGGUUUCCUAAAUAGGCAGAUAAUUACAUUGCUUUCAACAUUGAACAUUCCCGAUGAAACAUUUUGGCUAAUGCAGGCCUCUAUGGUUUCCAAACUGAACAAAAUGGUCAUGGAUACUGAUGUGGCAUUUGAAGUCUUGACUGUUUCCUGUACUGAGCAAGGAAAUACGGCAGCAAUGAUGCUGAGUGCAGGUUUCAAGCCUCAAGCAGAACCUCAUUUACAUGGAAUGUUAACCUCUAUAAGAGCUGCCCAGCUUUGGGGUCUUAGGGAAAAGGCUCGGAUAUUUGUUCAGUCUGGGAGGUGGUUGAUGGGCUGCUUGGAUGAACUUGGGGUAUUGGAACAAGGUCAGUGCUUUAUCCAAGUGUCCAAGCCAUGUUUGGAAAACUGCUUUUCCAAACAUGGCUCCAGAUUUACAGAGACAGAAAGCAAUUUGGAAGUUAUUAAUGGAUUUGUGGUUAUAGCAAAGAAUCCUUGCCUUCACCCUGGAGAUAUAAGGAUUUUGGAAGCAGUUGAUGCCCCGGAUUUACACCAUUUAUAUGAUUGCCUUGUUUUCCCUCAAAAGGGUGACAGGCCCCACACAAAUGAAGCUUCCGGAAGUGACCUUGAUGGGGAUCUGUACUUUGUCACUUGGGAUGAAAAUCUCAUCCCCCCCAGUAAGAAGAGCUGGCCUCCGAUGCAGUAUGAUUGUGCUGAGGUCAAAAACUUGUCACGCCCAGUCAAUCAUCAGGACAUAAUAGAAUUUUUUGCAAGAAACAUGGUUAAUGAGAACCUAGGUGCAAUCUGCAAUGCUCAUGUCGUUCAUGCUGACCGCAGUGAGUAUGGGGCACUGGAUGAGAACUGCAUCAUCCUAGCAGAGUUAGCUGCCACAGCUGUUGAUUUUCCCAAAACCGGGAAGCUUGUAACUAUGCCAUCACAUCUGAAACCAAAGAUGUAUCCAGAUUUUAUGGGAAAGGAGGAGUAUCAAUCAUACAAGUCAAGCAAAAUAUUGGGAAGGCUCUAUCGACAUAUUAAAGAUAAUUAAGAUGAAGACAUUUCUGGUUCAGCUGGGGUAAACUUUAAUCCUGUUGAAAUCCCCUAUGAUACAGAUCUCGAGGUCACUGGGUCCAUUGAUUUCAUUGCUGAUGCUUGGGAUAAAAAAUGCUCCUACAACGGCCAAUUGCUUGGUCUUCUGGAUCAGUACAAAGUUAAUAGGGAAGAAGAGCUGGUCACGGGGCAUAUUUGGUCUAUGCCAAAGUACAACAGCCGGAAGCAAGGAGAACUGAAGGAGAGGCUCAAGCAUUCUUACAGGUCCUUGAGAAAAGAAUUUAGGCAAAUUUUUGAGAAGAUGGACUCAGAUUUUGAGCAACUUUCUGAUGCUGACAAGAAUUUAUUAUAUGAACGUAAGGCCUCGGCAUGGUACCAGGCCACUUACCAUCCAAAAUGGGUGAAGAAAUCACUUGACUUGCAAGAGCUAGAUGGCACUAGGAAUGUAGUCAUGUUGAGUUUUGCCUGGAUUGCAGAUGAUUAUCUUAUUCGGGUCAAGAUUAGGAAUCGAGGAAUGGAAAAUGUUGACCCUGCGAAGCCAGUCAACUCUUUAGCAAAGUAUCUUGCUGAUAGGAUGUGACCAGCAUUUGAAGCUGUUGACAGCUACUGUUUAUGGCUGUAACAGGGUUUAUAGGCUGCAAGCCACUCUGCCAUUGUUAAAGGCAAGCUAUCAUGUGAGUUUGUUAUAGCAGUACUGCCUUGGAACUAUUAAUCAUGAAUGCUAUGAUGUAUAUUCUCGAUUAUAAUCAAAUGUUUUCCAAUAAGAUGGUUUGUUUGGAAA